UAGUUGACAAGCUCAAGACGUCCAAGUGUUCAAUCAUUCCGAAUAUGCUGGGUUAAAACAUCAGCUGGGAAAGCUUUAUCGAGCUGAAUCAUAGGCAUAGACGAAGGCAACGAUAGUGUAACUUUUUAGGGACGUGCCCCGGGGACGGGAUCAAGUAAUGAUGGAUUCUCUAGGGAUAUACUGCCUGGCAGGGGUGCUUGCCCUAGCAUUGGAUUUAGUGCAAGGAGUUGUAAUGAUCACUGACUACCCUUCAGUCGUGACCACGGGGGGUACAUUGAUAAUGAAAUGCCAGGGAACACAACUGGAGAUGUUGGAAUGGGUUCAUGGAGCAGGUGUAGUACAAGCAGACAGUGUUACAGAAAUAGAAGAUCAUAUUGAUGAAGAAUCAAGAACUUAUCACAGCACAAUGACACGUUAUAAAGUGACGUCAUCAGACCAAGGAGAGUGGACCUGUAGGAAUAAAGACAACUACUCAGGAUACACUGUUAAGAUAAACAUUCUCCCAGCUCCUGCAACAGAACCUUCAGCAACCACAACCAAGAACAAUGACACAUCAGGUUGCCAAGCAGUACAUAGCAACAUAAACAUAGUCACCAUAGCAACAAUAUUAUCACUGCUUGUAUGCAGUUUUUGGAGAUUAAAACAUCUUUGA